AUGAAGCAGGAGAAGUCCCACAUGAACAGGAGAGAAGUCUCACAUGAAGCAGAAGUCUCACAUGAAGCAGGAGAAGUCUCACAUGAAGCAGGAGAAGUCCCAUAUGAAGCAGAAGUCCCACAUCACACAAGAGAAGUCCCACAUCAAGCAAGAAAAGUCCCACGUCAAGUAGGAGAAGUCCCACAUCACACAAGAGAAGUUCCACAUGAAGUAGAAGAAGUCCCACAUCCCACAAGAGAAGUCCCACAUCAAACAAGGGAAGUCUCACAUGAUGCAGGAGAAGUCUCACAUGAAGCAGGAGAAGUCUCACAUGAAGCAAGAGAAGUCUCACAUGCAGCAGAAGUCUCACAUGAAGCAGAAGUCUCACAUGAAGCAGGAGAAGUCCCACAUCACGCAAUAGAAGUCCCACAUCACGCAAUAGAAGUCCCACAUCACGCAUUAAAAGUCCCACAUCAAGUAGGAGAAGUUGAACACCAUGCAGAAGUAGUCCCUCAUGAAGCAGGAGAAGUCCCUCGUGAAGCAGGAGAAGUCCCUCGUGAAGCAGGAGAAGUCUCACAUGAAGCAGGAGAAGGCCCACAUCACACAGAAGUCCCUCCUCCUCAUACAAUAGAAGUUCCAGAUCAUACAGACCAUUCUGCCAUUGCCCUCAAGUCAAGUGGAGAAAAGAGACCUGAAGGGUUCAGAACCAGAGCUCCCCUGCCUCCAAAUAACUCUGAGCAUGGCAGGCCUAAGAGAUAUGUUCAUCAUGGGAAAGCUGUCCUCAUUAGAGUCCCUCAUCAUACAGGAGAAGUCCCACAUCACACACACUAUUCUUCCAUUACUCACACGUCACAUGAAGAAAACAGACCUGAAGGGUUCAGGACUGGACGUCCCUUGCUACCCAUAAAAAAUGAGCAUGGCAGACAUACAAGAAAUAUGCACCAUGGGAAAAUUGUCCCUACUGGAGUCCCUCAUCACACAGAAGAAUUCCACAACGGCAGCAAUGGAAUAGGCCGUUCUCCCAGACCAGACCAUUCCACUUUUACCCGCAAUGACAAUUUAAGUGAAGAAAAGAGACCAGAACAUGGUCGGGAAAGAGAAAAGAAGCAUUAGUAAACAAAA